AUGGAUUCCGCGAUAAGCCCCGGCCAUGUGAUGGCCGAAGAUAAUAUCAUCAAUCGGAGAGGAGGCGAGUCAUUAUAUCAAAGCUGCGCCAAUCUGAAAAAGCGACUCGCAGAGGUCCCCGGCUUCGAGCCGCAUCUUGCAGAAAUGGAAGCCCUGGAUAAAGCCCAGGAAGUCAGCGACCCGGUGGCAUCUGUGUGGGGGUGUUUGCAAAACGGGUACCCUCUGAUGUCGAUAUUCAACGCUACCCAGCCCGCUGAACCGUUGACUUUGGAUGAAAGCAAAGUGCAGGAACACAGAAGGCCGAAGGCGGCGGCUUUCAAAUUUCUACAAGCUUGCUUGCAGGAUUUGGAGUUCCCGCAGCAAGAAUGUUUCCUCAUCACCGAUCUUUACGGCGAGAGCACUACUGGCUUUGUCAAGGUCAUCAAAAUGGUGAAUCGGGUUUUGGACAUUCUGGAAAUGCAAGGCCAGCUUUACAAGCCUUCGAACACGAACUCUGGCCCUGUUGAGCGAGAACGGACCAAGCUUACCCACCGAGAACAUAUCCUCAAGGAAAUGCUUGAAACGGAAAGGGACUAUGUCCACCAUUUGCAAAAUUUACAAGCGCUGAAAAAGGAGUUGGAAGAAACUGGUGCCCUCAACGGUGAUUCCAGUCACCAAAUUUUUCUUAACCUAAACAACCUGCUUGAUUUUGCGCAAAGGUUCCUAAUUCGAAUGGAGCAACACAAUGCACUCCCUGAAGAAUCGCAGAACUGGGGCGAACUGUUCAUCAACUAUCAAGAGGGUUUCCGACAAUAUGAGCCUUUCAUAGCCAACCAACUUCGCUGUGAUGCGGUCUGCUUACGCGAAUGGGACAAAAUUCACGCAGCCCCACGCUCCCCCGACCUUCAGCAAAUGGUGGGCCAGUUGUCAACUUUAAACGGCUUCUUUGUAAAGCCGUUCCAGCGCCUGACUAAAUAUCCUUUGAUGCUUCAGGAAUUGAAAAAGCAAACGGACCAGCCGGAGCUAAGCGCAAAUAUUGCUACUGCUAUCGACAUCAUCCAACUAGUCCUAGACCGUGCGAAUAGCGCCAUCGGCAAAGAACACUUAGUUGCCGCAGUUCUAGAUUUAACUACCCGCGUCGAUGAUUGGAAAUCUCUUCGAGUCGAAGCUUUCGGCGAGUUACUUCGGUUCGGAACUUUUACCGUAUUGAAAGGCGAUACCGGAAAGGAUACAGAAAGAGAGGUUCGUAUAGUUUUCAAUACCUUCGCUUCAAAAGUCUCUGGCCAUGGAGAAAGCGCGGCCAAUUGUCCCACCACUGGAGUUACGACCAAGGAUCUCUUCGGACCCAUAUUUGCCAUAUCGGAUAACUGUGCCUGUAAGAAGCCCGGCGCCCAAGUUAUUUACCCACGGUCCGGGGACAGCUUAGGUUCUUGCCUCAGGGACUACAUCCCAGGUGAGAACCAGGACAGAAAGGCCCUAUACCCUAAAAAAGGUCAAAUUUCCCGCAUUACAGUCCGGUCAACAGCUCCUACAAAGGUUUGCUGGCGUACCUAA